AUUCGAUCCACACUUGGAUGUUAAAUCAAUUCGCCUGCUUAGCUGACAAAUUGACCGCCUGCAGCUUCUCUCAACUUUGCAACCACAAACAAGAUGGCGAUGGCUUUCAAAAUGGCUACAACAGGGAUGUGGGUAACGGAGGAAUGCAAGAAUUCGUUCAUGGAGAUGAAGUGGAAGAAGGUGCACAGAUUCAUAGUGUUCAAGAUCGAUGAAGGUUCUAGGUUGGUGACGGUGGACAAGGUGGGUGGACCUGGUGAAGGCUACGAACAACUUGCUGCCUCCCUGCCCAAAGACGACUGCCGUUAUGCAGUCUUUGAUUUCGACUUUGUCACCGUCGACAAUUGCCGGAAGAGCAAGAUUUUCUUCAUCGCAUGGUCUCCGGAGGAAUCAAGAAUUAGAGCAAAAAUGCUGUACGCAACUUCAAAAGAUGGACUGAGGAGAGUGCUGGAUGGGAUCCACUAUGAAGUUCAGGCAACGGAUCCGACCGAGAUGGGGAUGGACGUCAUUCAGGAUAGAGCCAAAUGAUCGUCAUUCAGGAUGAACAACUUAAUAAUUAAAGACAUGUCAAAGUCAUGUGUUUUGGCAUCUUACUUUACCUAAUGACUCCAUCCACCCACCUUAGAGGCCUUUGUCUGUUCUUUUUCCAGGUGGAUCUGGUGAUAAUUGUAACCUUACUCCUAGCGCUAAUCUUGUACUAAUAACAUUAUCCGGUGAUAAUUUGCUUUUUCAGACGCCACUUUUUAUUCA